AUGACGACAACUUCGGAGAGAAAUUGCAAGUGUAGUGUUAUGUGGCUACACACGAACGUGCGACUUGACCGCUUUCGAAGAGUUUCAGCUGUGCAUCUGCUUUGCCUUAUCGCUGUUUUUCGUAAAGACAUUCGAUGGCCUUCGAAUUGCGCAUUUGUCAUUUCAGAGUUGCGUUCCGUCUUGUGA